GAUUGUGCAGAAAUCUGCACCGCAUGCAGCCUUUGCCACGGCAUCUACUUCUUCCUGGGACUGGACAAUGCCACCUUGUCCCCGAAUCAGGCCCGCUGCUACUUCCAGGGCGACAGCCUCAAUCCAAUCAACCUGGCGACCGAGGAGUACCCUUCUGUUGCCAGCCCCAUCUCUCCGUGGGCCGUCUACGUAAACCGUCGGGAUGCACGCUGCGGCCAAGAGCGCACCAUCCGUGGAGUGAGCUUCUUCAAGGACACCCUUUGCACAGAGCUGGUGGUCCCUUCAAGAGUGGUGGCAUCUGUCCACAAUGAUGCGACUGAGUACACCCUGAAAGCUGGCUGGUGGCAGAUGCCUUCCAGCUUCUCUCCUCGAACUUGUGCCAGUUGCCCUGCAGGGAGUAUCCGAAUAAAGGCUGUCUUUGACUCGCCAGUGACCGUGCUUUGUGCGAUCGUGGACAGCUCGCUCGACUUUGCCACGGGCUGGACUCUGAACUGGGGCAGCUCCGGGGUGGCGCAGUCCGUUUCCGGAAACCUGGUCGUCUUCGGAAGUGCCUUGAGCAACAUCUUCAGUCGUGCCAUGGUUCGGGGCGCAACGGCCACCCUUCGUGGCCUCAUCGUCCUGGCCUGUGACCCACUGCUCUGCCCCGUGGAUCCUUUGCCUCUGCCGCAUCUCCUUCGGAGAUCCUUCGCUUCGGUUCUCGGGCUCCGGCAGCACAUGAUCGAUUUCCACGACCCUCCUGAUGCUCAGGACGAAAGCGGGCCGACUCCCUCUUUUGCCUUCGUGAUGGCGGCCAAGAUUGUGGUGGAGACGCCCGCCGAUGUCGCUUCCUUCUUAAAAGCAGCUGCUCUCUUGAGAGACAUCAGCCGGAAGUUGGAUGUCCUCACCACUGCCCUUCAACAGCUACAUGGCCUCCUCUUCACAGUGGAGCGCCUUGGCCCCUUCGCGCAGCACAUUUCCACGCCGCCCGACCCCUCUGCUUUGCCUCUCUUACCGCCGGCAGCAUUACCAUCGGUAGCGACCACCACCGUUCGGACUUCCGAGGAUUUAUCUGGAGGUGUUGCUGAGGGAGGCCACAGCGCCUACUUUGUCGCACUUCUUGGGAUUCCAGUGUCCGGGUUCAUUCUGAUUCUCGCAUUCCUGGCGCUGAUGCGAUUGCGUGGCAGUUAUUUCCAGGGCAAGUGGUACCGGAAGUCGGCUGGCCAGACCAUCCUGGGCAAAGCGCUACAGAGGUCUGAAGAGGAUUUUGCCCGACGCUUGUCGGAAACCUUCGCGGCGAACCUUCCCGAGUACUGGGCUGCUCGCGUCUCAGCAGAUGCCUCCUUCGAUGGCCUGCUCUAUGCCAAGUAUGAGCACCUCCAUCAUAUGCAGACAUUGGUGGACUUCACCUACAGAGGUAUCACCACACAGGACCGGCUUUGCCCAAGCGGUGAGCAUGGCAAAACCCGUGGCGGCUGCCCCUGUGUUCGCCCAGGUGGAGAUCCGGGUCUCCCUACCGGCUUCGGAAUGCUCCAGUUGGUGCGGGUGGAAAACUCUGAGCUCUUUGCCAAGUACAUGGUCCGGAAGGCAGAAAUUCGAGAAGCUCGCGGCCGCUGUGAGGCCCCAAGCCCGGACAUCUUCACCCGCGAUGCCCUGGUCAGUCUCCCUUUGAGCGACAUGCUGAGCGACUUGGACGACGAUGUGAACGAGGUGUACCUCUGGCACGGGACGUCCGUGCGACAAGGCCUGAUGAUUGCGGAGGCGGAUUUCGAUCUGGCCUUGGCUGGUACCGGCGGCGGUACCAUGUAUGGCAAGGGGCUCUACUUCACUGAGAGUGUGACUAAAGCCGACGAGUACUCUCGGGCUGAGCCGGACGGCUUCUACGAAGAGACCCGCGCACUCCUCCUCUGUCGCGUGUGCUUGGGAAAGUUUCACUACACCGAGGAGAGAGAGCCCGCGGCCAUUAUGAAGUGGGCGAGGAAGCAGUCUGACAGCACCUUGGGAGAUCGGGCGCGUGCCGUCAACACCUACCGGGAGAUGUGCGUGUACAGCACUGACCAGGUUUACCCAGAAUAUUUGGUGAUCUACCAGCGUCUACACGGCGGGGAGGAGGCCCCGUCGCUGUCAAGGGAGGCUCCCUUUCUGCUGGAGCUGCCCCUCUACUGGAGGAAUGUGGCGAAGAAUCCCCACGUCGACGCCUUCCGAGAGCACUGGGCAGUAAAGCCACGCAUCCUGGAGCUCAUGCAGCUGCUCGCGGACGAGACCACCAGCGGAGCUGCGCAGGAGGUGCUGUCGGCUCGACGGGUGGAGGAUUCGUCUCUCUGGCUGCAGUACACGGAUUUCAAGCGAUCCAUCCAAGAAGCGCUGAAAGAGUCGGGGCAACUGCGCUGCACACCUCCUCAGGAGCUCCAGGGCGGUCUGGGAAACGCCGCCCUCUGGGCGGAGCUGGACGCGGAGCGCCUGGAAGCCCGGGACCUCGCGGCUCCGAUCAAUGAGCUGCUGCUUUGGCACGGCACCUCUCGUGAGGCUGCUGAGUCCAUUGCAGAGCGGGGCUUCGAAGUUACCGAGCGAAGCACACACGGACGCAGAUAUGGCCCUGGGGUUUACCUCGCGGAGGACCUGUCCAAGAGCAUCAGCUAUUGCCCAGACAAGGCGGGACCCAAGUAUGUGAUCUUGUGCCGCGCGGUCUGUGGCCAAAUCUAUUACACCGAAAAGGGCUGGCAUGACGAGGCCGGCAAGGAAGCAGCGAGACAGGCGAAGCACUGUGUUCUGGCAAACCCGGGCAGACAGGGCCAGCGUGAAUUCAUUCUUCUGAAUUCGGCGCAAGUCUACCCGGAGUACAUCGUUGAAUUCGCAGAGGCCACAGAGUCUGAGGCCAGGAGCAAGCAGACUCGGGUGUAUGCCUUGACGAUGUAA